UUGCCACCAAAACAAAACUUCUAAUUUACAAAAUAAACAAAAAUAAUAAAAGGAACUUUUUGGUUUUGGUCUUGUGCAAUAUAUUUAGCUAAAUUUAUUAUUUUAUCUUAUCAAAACUGUGAUGUUAAAUUAUGUUGCUUAACUAAGAUAAAUGUACAAUUUUAAAUUAGUAUUUUUCUUUCAUUAAUAAUUAUUACAUAAUCAUGAAUAAAAAUUAUUUUUCUUCUAUAAAAGUUACAUGUAAAGUAUGUGAUAUGAUUAGUCAAAGAACCAUGUCGACAGCGGGAAAUUCUUUAGAAAACUUUGUAAAAAAUGGUACAAAAUGUAUUGGAGUUGCUGCAAAUUAUAAGUCAUUACUUAAAGUUUUAAACAAACCUCACCCUAAAAUUCCAGAUUUCUUCAUAAAACCGCUAAGUUCAUAUAUUACUGAGGGUGAAAAAAUAAUAUUACCAAAAGAUUUUAUAGUAAACGAAGAAAUAGAACUGGGUAUAGUUAUUGGCCAAAGAUGUAAAAAUGUAACAGAAAGUAAGGCAAUGGAAUAUGUAGGCGGAUAUUGCAUAGCAUUGGAUAUGACAGCAAUAAGUACUUUGACUCCUGCCAGACAAACUGGUGGUAGCUGGACUUUAUCUAAGGCUUUUGAUACUGCUUGUCCAGUUAGUAAAUUCAUCCCGAAAACUGACAUAGCUGACCCACACAAUGUGCAACUUUGGUGUAAAGUUAAUGGUAAAGAAAUUCAAAAUGGAAAUACUUCUGAUUUACUUUUUAAUAUUCCAUACUUGGUAUCAUACAUUUCCCAAUACAUUACAUUGGAACCAAAUGAUGUCAUCAUAACUGGAUCACCACCGGGAAUGGGUCCUGUAAAAAAGGGUGAUGUCAUAGAAGGAGGUAUUGUAGGGGGUGUACAUAUAAAAUUUGAAGUAGAUGAAGCUGCUUAAAAAUACAAAAAUAGAUAUGUUAAUGUGGGA